AAUGACACGGAGCUGAGCGGAGUUUUGAACAGGCGCUAGUGCAGAGAGCUUUUGACCCCGCUGGUCCUGGGAGGAGAGUGUGUCUCCCACGUGUGUAAGUGAUCGGGUUUGCUGGCGGAGUUUGCUAGACCGGCGGAAUUGAAAACCUUCGAUAAACAUCAAAAAUGGGAGGUGUGGAGAAAAAGAAGUAUGAGAGGGGAGCAGCCACCAACUACAUCACCAGAAACAAGGCCCGGAAGAAGCUGCAGCUGAGCCUGGCUGACUUCAGGCGCCUGUGUAUCCUGAAGGGAAUCUACCCCCACGAGCCCAAGCACAAGAAGGUGGUGAACAAGGGCUCCACAGCCCCCCGCACCUUCUACCUGCUCAAGGACAUCAGAUUCCUGCUGCACGAGCCCAUUGUCAACAAAUUCAGAGAAUACAAGGUUUUUGUCAGAAAGCUCCGGAAGGCGUACGGGAAGGCAGAGUGGACAGCGGUGCAGAGACUGAGAGACAACAAGCCUUCCUACAAACUGGACCACGUCAUCAAGGAGCGGUACCCCACGUUCAUUGAUGCCCUGCGUGACCUGGACGACACUCUCUCCAUGUGCUUCCUGUUCUCCACCUUCGCUCGCACGGGGAAGUGCCACGUGCAAACCAUCCAGCUGUGCCGACGGCUCACUGUGGAGUGGAUGAACUACAUCGUCACCUCGCGCUGCCUGCAGAAGGUCUUCCUGUCCAUCAAGGGUAUUUACUACCAGGCAGAUGUUCUGGGGCAGCUUAUUACCUGGCUGGUGCCCUACCAGUUCGCUCACAAUCACCCAACAGAUGUGGAUUACAGAGUGAUGGCCACAUUCACAGAGUUCUACACCACCCUGCUUGGGUUCGUCAAUUUCCGUCUGUACCAGACCCUCAACCUGGCCUACCCUCCCAAGCUGGACAGUAAAGACGAGGCGGAGCUGAGAGCAGAGAAUGAUGAGGAGUACGCCAUGGACUCUGAGAGUUAUCUGGAGAAACUCUCGGCUCUCAGUGCCAGCCUGGCCCGUGUCGUCUCCUCCAGUGAAGAGGAAGAGGUGGAGCUGGAUCAGUUCCCUGCGGAGGGGGAGGAUGUGGAGCAGCUGGAGGCCAGGCAGAAGGAGCAGCUGCAGAGCGAGGCUCACAAGAAGAUCUUCGAGGGCCUCAAGUUCUUCCUCAACAGAGAGGUGCCUCGGGAGCCCCUAGCCUUCAUCAUCAGGUGUUUCGGAGGGCAGGUGUCCUGGGACAAGUCUGUGUGUAUCGGUGGGACCUUCGACGUGACAGAUGAGACCAUCACCCACCAGAUAGUGGACAGACCCAGCCUGGACAAGCAGUACAUCAACAGGUACUAUGUGCAGCCCCAGUGGGUGUUCGACUGUGUCAAUGCCAGUCUGCGGCUGCCUGUUGAGGAUUACUUCGCAGGGGUCACUCUGCCACCCCACCUGUCCCCCUUCGUGGUGGAGAAGGAUGGGGACUAUGUACCGCCAGAGAAGCUACGACUGAGAGCCCUGCAGCGCGGAGAGAAGCCAGAGAAUGCAGAGAGCUCGGAGGAAGAGGAAGAUGAGGAGGAGGAGGAGGACGAUGAGGAGGAGGGAUCUGAGGAUGAAGAUCUGGAUGAGGAAGAGGAGACAGACGAGAGAAACCUGAAGAAGAUGGAGCAGCAAAGAGCACAGGGCAAGGCCCUCCCAGUGAAGGUGACGGCAGGCAAAGUCAAGGCAGAGAACAGGGCUCGCUCCGAGCAGGAGGAGAAGGCUGAGGAGAAGAGGCUCGCCAUCAUGAUGAUGAAGAAGAGAGAGAAGUACCUCUACGACAAGAUCAUGUUCGGCAAGAAGAGGAAAGUCAGAGAGGCAAACAAACUGGCUGCGAAAAGGAAAGUCCAUGAGGAAACGACCAAGGCUGAGAAAAAGAAGAAAAAGGCCAAGAAAUAGAAGAAGGAAUGAACUGUAAGAAUAAGGUGACGGUCCGUGAGGCGGUGGGGGUGGUGUCGUGUUGCACACACACACACACUGCAAAACAUUAUUUUAAACAUGUGGAUUUGAAGCUGCAUGAGAAAUGAGUGGCUUUAUAUCAUAAGCUUGUGAUGAAACCAAACUGUUGUCCAUUUGUCUAAUAGCCUGCCCUAAUAAAAUGAGUAAAAUUCUCAAGAGGAUUAUCGUAGAAGUGUGUUCUCGUAACAGAUGUGUGUGUGUGUAAACCCACAGUGCCCCAGGCUCAACGUUGGUGAUUUUCACUUGCUAACGGGGCAAAUUCAAAGCACAUUCAUUUGAAUCCGUUGAGAGAUGUGAAGAAUUUGCAUUGCUUUUCAUUUAAGUGUUCAGGUAGCAGUGCUUACCUGUCCUACUUUUAGGGAAAUUGAAUCUACUGUACAAACCAUUACUGGAGGUUGUUUUCCGUUCGUGCCUUUUAUUAUGAAACAUUUAUCUACCACACUUAAUUUUGUAUUCUUUUUAUUACAAGUGUAUUUUAAAAGCAUCCCUGCUCAAGAUGUAAAAAGCGUGAUUUAUAGGACAUUGUUGCAUACUAAAAACUGCAACACAGGCUCCCUCCUCUCUCAAGUGUACUAGGAGGUGAAGGGUUAAGUUGGGUGGCAGCCCCAUUGUGGGUUUUGUUUAAAAGUUAAAUCAAUUGUAUUAAAGAAACUGUAUAAAAAAAUAGUUUUUUUCUUUAUAAUGUACGUAAUAAAACUGUUCAAACCA